AGAGACAUAGAACUAGAUGCAUCUUGAGUUACCACGUGAGGAAGUUUCCCAAGAUUGCAGGUGACAGUAGCAAACAGUUCCUGAGAAUUGUAUUGCCAGCGUCAGUGAGCAGUCCAAGAUCAUGUACAGUUGACGAACAGGUGGGGGCAUCUGCAACCUGCGAUCUGUUGACAUCAAUCCACGCCUAACAUAGGAGUCACACGCCUGUCUUAUCGUCGAUCAGCGUCAGAAUUUCCUCGUCAUCUACAACAAUCAAUCGUCAUCCAUAAAUGAACAGCUGCACAACACUACAUGUAUUUCUACAGUUGCCUUUACUGCUAAUAGGUCCUUGAGGGAACACAGGAGUUGGGAACCUAUUAGUCACCAGCGAAGGAAAUGCCGUCCAAUCUGAAACUUCUAAUAACACUCCAUUUAACUGAGACUGCUCUGGCAGGAACGUGUAGCAAGCUUAUAUAUUCUGUACGAAUUUGUACAAGAAGCCAGUGGAGAAUACGGAGAAGAGGCUUUAGUAUGAUCUCGUUUGGAUUCCUGAGGCAUGACUACUGUUGCAGGAUUUUGGAGCUGUUGGAGUUUAUUGAGAAGGUACAAAGGUCAGCCUGACGAGAGAAUAACGGUAGUCAAGUCUCGAAAAAGCAAAGAUACUGACAGAUCGCGCUGAUGUGGCGUACCGCAAAGUACGUAAUUUUUACGAUUUAAGAAACCAACUUGUCUGUUUAGAAACAUCAGAGCAAAACCAACUAAAAUUAUUGGAUGAAAAAGAAAACGGAACGUAUGUCAAGCCAAGUAUGGCGGAUCCGGAAUAAGUGCAGGUAAGCUGCUUUUUCUUCGUAUACUACGUCUGCGUCAUGUCCUUUUUCCUGGGUAUGCUGUCCAUUUACUUCAACAAUGAGGACCGAUUUGGGCCGAAAUAUCAGUCAGGAGACGGAUUCCUUGGCACUCCAGGUAUGAACUUUAGACCAAGGGCUAAAGAAGGCACUCUGAUCUAUUUCACCAGCGACAGAUCGAGCUAUAAAAGCUACAUCCACUCCCUCCAGCUCAUCAUGGACGAGUAUCUUCAGUCGGAGGAAUCUUUCCUAGAGUCCAAUGACUCGGCCAGCUUUUGGAAGGAAUGCUCGCCCGAUUCAUAUGCUGACUCUUCGCGCGGAUGCAUGGUUUUUGGUUCGAACUUGACGUCCACUGAUUGCGGCCAACAGAACGACUACGGUUUCAGGGAAGGUAGACCAUGCGUUCUGCUGCGUCUGAACAAGGUGUAUGGAUGGAAACCAGACCCGUACAAGAGUGAAGACGAGCUGGAUUCAGACAUGUCCCAAAAUCUAGCAAGGAAGAUUAAAAGCUGGCCCUCUUCAACUGGAGUGGGCGAUUUAAUUUGGGUCGAAUGCUACGGAAGAACCUCGGCCGAUAAAGAACUACUCCAAUUAGGCGUGAAGUACCUCCCAUAUGACGGAUGGCCGGUGUACUACUUCCCGUACUUGAAUCAGUUCAGGUAUUUACAGCCUGCGAUUUGGGUCAAGUUCAGCAACCUGGAGCCUUACAUUGGAGUGUUUGUGAUCUGCCGGGCCUGGGCCAAGAACGUGAGCCCCGACGUUCAUAACAGCGUUGGCAGCGUCUCCUUCGAACUUUUGUAUGAACCUUGACCCCUCUUCUUUUCAGCCCGGAAAUCCGCGAAGCCUCUUGACAGUUUUGAUACAACAAACGUUUUGUAAACUUAUACCCAGUCAACGGAUAAAAAACUUACAUAUGUAAAAAAUAUUUCUAUAUUUUAUAAAUCGUGUGAAAAUAUCAUUAUUACGAAACCUGUUAUUAAAGUUUCAUAUAUAUAUAUAUCUGA